GAGAUUACCCUGUGCGGGUCCUUCACGGAGUCCAGGCAGGCAGACUGAAAACAUUAGCUUUAGCCGGGCAGUUGCUUCGAUUCUAGUUUAAUGUAUCUCAUUUUUAUUUAAUAUAGAAUAACUAACAAUGGCAUUGGAGACGGUUCCCAAAGACUUACGACAUCUACGAGCGUGUCUUCUUUGUUCUCUGGUGAAGACCAUCGAUCAGUUUGAAUAUGACGGCUGUGACAACUGCGAGUCGUACCUGCAGAUGAAGGGCAACAGAGAGAUGGUGUAUGAAUGCACCAGUUCGUCAUUUGAUGGGGUGAUCGCCAUGAUGAGUCCAGAAGACAGCUGGGUAGCUAAGUGGCAGAGGAUAGGAAACUUCAAACCUGGUGUGUAUGCAGUGUCUGUGACCGGUAGACUUCCUCCAGGUGUGGUGAGAGAGCUGAAGAGCCGAGGAGUGAUCUACAAAUCCAGAGACACGGCAGUGAAGUCGUGAAGUUGGCAGCAGAGCUGUUAGCACUGCAGCGCCCUGGAUGUCCUGUCUUAUUGAGCUAUUCCAUUACUGUUGAAUUGAAACCUGAACAUGGAUAUUUUUUAUUUCUUUAUGCAAGUGAAAAUAAACUUCAUUUUUAUUAUA